AUGCCUCCCGACACCCAUCAGAGACGCCGUGCGAGGCAGGCCUGCACGCACUGCAAUGCCCGCCGUGUCAAGUGCAACGUCACCGAGAAGGUUCCUUGCGACAACUGCGUCGCCGCCGGCACCGAGUGUCAGCUGAGGGUGUCGCGCCGCGGCAAGCACCCUCGAUAUCGUCCCGGCCAGGAGCCCAAGCAGACAUCCGCAUCGCAAUCGCAAUCCAAGUCACCGUCCCGAACAGCCGUCAAGUCCUCGACUCAAAUCCAACCACCACCACCACCAUCACCACCAGCGACAGCACCCGCGCAUCCGUCUUUGCCGCACCAACCCGCUCAACCUAUACCCGCUGUCGUCCCGCCGCGGUCAGACAACUUUGCGUUCACCGGCACCAGCGCCUCCCCAUCUGACGAACCUCCCAGCCUCUCCAAGAGCGAGUACACGUCCCCCAACGACGAAGAAAUGUCUCAGGCGUCCUUGGCUCUAGCGUCGCUUUCCCGCGGUAUACAGCGCGAUGUCAAGCCCGACAUCAAGCUCCAGGGCAGACAAGAAUUUGGCGCGUCCAUCUUUUGGGGCGAGUCGUCGUCCAUUCGCUACGUUGGCACCGACAACUUGGCAUCGGCCGUCGCAAAGCUUGAUUCGAUUCCCUACGAGGCUGGAGGAGGCAAAGACCGCCCUGACUACCCAGAUCCCCGUCUGGAGAACCUCAUCAAUAAGCCGGGCGGUCCGUUCACUCUUCCCCCCCGCCAUGCCACUGCAUCUCUUCUCAGGGCAUACUUCCAAUGGUUUCACCCAUUUUGCCCCAUUGUCGACGAGCAGGAUAUAUGGCAUCAGUUCGAGACUGGCUCGCUCUCUACGCUGCUACUGCAAUCUCUUCUACUGGUUGCUGCAUCCCAUUGCGAUGAUUCUGUCAUCACCGACGUUGCCUUUGGCAAUAGAAGUCAAGCCAAGCUCGCAUUUUAUACCCGCGCCGCGGAACUGUACGACGCAAAUACCGAGACCCAAAGCCUUGUCAUUAUCCAGAGCGUCAUUCUCCUCAGCUUCUGGCGCGGCCGCGCCGCCGAGGAAAAGGACACCAGGCACUGGCUCGGCAUCGCCAUCAGCAUUGCACAGCGCAGAGGUCUGCAUCGCUCACGAAAUCAGGGAAAGAUUGCACCAGAUGCUUGUGUACCUGACCGACAAAAGAAGCUUGCAAGAAGGCUUUGGUGGUCCGUCUACAUGCAUGAGAAGCAGUCAAGUGCUACCCUGGGCCUGCCACAGAGAGUGCGAGACGAGGACUGCGAUGGCGAGAGUUUAGAGGCUGCCGAUUUUGAGCAUGCGUUCUCCUCAAGCCGGCCGCAGGAAGAGAAAGCUGACGCCAUCGACUACACCAUGCGUAUAACGCAGCUUAGCACGUUUCUAGGCAAAGUCCUCGAAGUCGGAUAUUCGCCCAAGAGAACCUCCACGGAACCCGAGCGCACUGCGAUCCGGAAUGAGCUAGUCGAGUGGAAGCAAACACUCCCGGCUUCGUUGCGCAUCGACGAGGAUAUUGGGUCACAACCUAGCCUUCACGCCGCCAUGAUACACCUGGCCUACAAUAACGUUGUUGUCCUUCUUUAUCGGAACUGUUUCACCGAUUUGACUUUUGAUAAAGAAGGCCAGUAUGCCUUGCAAGCGGGCGCUCGCAAUGCACGCAUCGUGGAGGACAUGCUCCCGCGCGGCAUCCUCCGACACGCGCAAAUUCACGUCAUCACCAACAUCUCCAACACGCUCGUCCUCAACAUCAUGGAGCUGCGCUUCGCUAAGGGCAUGUCCCGGACCAGCGCCGAUCACCGCUCCAAGAUUUGCCUGCUGGGCCUGGCGGAGCUGCAGUCGACGUGGGAGUUUCGCAACUGGCUCCUGCAGCUCUUCAUCCGGCGCGUCGACGUGCCGGGCGGCGACCGCCGGCGCAUCGAGGAAACCGAGGCCCAGCAGCUGGCCAUCAAGACCGAGACGCCGCUGCAGGCCUCGUACGGCGCGGCCAUGUCGCGUGAGAACUCGGGCGGCGGCGGCCUGAUUGGCAACCUCGCGGAGCUGGAUUGCUUCGCGUUUAAUCUGAGCAAUGAGAUAAUGGACCCGAUGACGUGGCCGGUGGAUGAGAAGGAAAGAUUCUUGUUUUCGCAAAUAUACAACUCGAAUCCGUUUUGGUAG